GGGCUGUGGCCCCGCCCUUGGCCGCCAUUGCCGGGCCUGCCUGGCCGCCCUGCGCAGCGACCUUGCCUCCUCUUGCCGGGCGGAACGGGUCAGGGGGCCUGACAGGGAGCCUUCCUGACCGAGACCACGUAUUCCCACGGCCAGACAAGUCUCCGGCCCGGCCCGCGUCGCCAGUCCCCAGGCCUGGAGGAACUGCCCGAGCCCAGGAGAACCACAUCUGCGUCCCAGCCCUGGAGGCUCCUGUGGGCAAGAUCGUGAGCCAACGGGUUCCUGAGGCCCCUCCUGGCCAGGCAGGGUUUCCCCGCGCGUUUCCGAGGAGCCCUGCCUGGCCGGGCGGCUGGACAAACAGGUCGUAGCACCGAUCGCGCCCGCCCCCAGCAGGGGUCCUGCACAGGCUUGCCCCUGACCCCCACCCAAACCCGUUCUUCCGCUUUCCCCCCAAACAGUGCACUUGCCGGCGGUCCCAACCCAGCAGGAGGAGAGUGGACAUGAGGUUGGCAGGCCCUCUCCGCAUUGUGGCCCUAGUCGUCAGUGUGGGUCUCACAUGGAUCGUGGUCAGCAUCCUCCUGGGUGGGCCUGGCAGUGGCUUUCCUCGCAUCCAGCAACUCUUCACCAGUCCAGAGAGCUCGGUGACUGCAGCGCCACGGGCCAGGAAGUACAAGUGCGGCUUGCCCCAGCCAUGUCCUGAGGAGCACCUGGCCUUCCGUGUGGUCAGCGGGGCCGCCAACGUCAUUGGGCCCAAGAUCUGCCUUGAGGACAAGAUGCUGAUGAGCAGCGUCAAGGACAACGUGGGCCGUGGGCUGAACAUCGCCCUGGUGAACGGGGUCAGCGGCGAGCUCAUCGAGGCCCGGGCCUUUGACAUGUGGGCCGGAGAUGUCAACGACCUGUUGAAGUUUAUUCGGCCACUGCACGAAGGCACCCUGGUGUUUGUGGCAUCCUACGACGACCCAGCUACCAAGAUGAAUGAAGAGACCAGAAAGCUCUUCAGCGAGCUGGGCAGCAGGAACGCCAAGGAGCUGGCCUUCCGGGAUAGCUGGGUGUUUGUGGGGGCCAAGGGUGUGCAGAACAAGAGCCCCUUUGAGCAGCACGUGAAGAACAGUAAGCACAGCAACAAGUACGAAGGCUGGCCCGAGGCGCUGGAGAUGGAAGGUUGCAUCCCGCGGAGAAGCAUGGCCAGCUAGCACGGCCAGCGCCAGGACCAGGCCGAGGGAGGCCAGGCCAAGGGAGGCACGCGCGCUGCCGGGCGGACACAGGCCAAAGCCCACACCCCACGCCUGGGCAGGAGUGCUCUGUGGCCCCAACACAUUGGGGCUCCGAGGCAGUGACCAGAAUGUGGUGUUCCAGGUGGUGGAGGAUAUGGGGGCUGCAGGGGCUAGCCCUGCUGCACUUUGUCACGGGAGCCCAGGGUACCCGCCUCCUUUUCGUAACACUGUUCCCCCGGUCAGCCCAUCUAGCCCUGUCCUCCUCCAUUCUUCACACCAUCUCCGUCCCCAUCCUGAGUCCUGGAACAGCCCUGGGUGCCCGCCCCUCACUGUGCAACUCUGGGAGCAGCCCCCGGCAGGUUGGGGCAUCUUCCAGAACCUCUCCCUUCUGGAGCCGCCCUCUGCACUGCGGGCUACACAUGUUUCCAGUGUGAUUCCUUCCAGUGAGCUAAACCCGGUGGCUGCUUCAUGAGCAGGCUGGCCCAGGGUGGUAAAGCAGCUAGAGCCUGAUCACGGUCCCGCCCGCGGUUUGUCAGGGGGCCCACCUUCUAGAUGACCCCUUAAUAAAGUGAUGGCCCCACAGAAGAAAUGC